UUGACUCUGCUUAACAAAAUUGACUUGUGCUUUCUAAAACUUUAUAUGUAAUUCUUUAGUUUUCUUUGAUCACUGGGGCAGAUUCCUGAUAAAGUUAUUCGGGCUGAAGAAAGAAGAGGAUUAAUAAAAGGUUGAUAGUGUCUAAGAUGGCUGAGUUUGAAGAGAUGGCCGUGACUUCUGAUGUGAAAUCGGGAAAUAUGGUUUUUGAGCCUGUUCUAGAGGAAGGGGUAUUCAGAUUUGAUUGCAUUGCGGAUCAUAGGAAUACAACAUUUCCCAGUCUUUCUUUUCUGAAUCCCAAAGACAGGGACACACCAAUUAUGACUAGCCACAAUGUCUCUUCAUAUAUCCCUACUUUUGAAUGUGUUCUUGGAGAACAAAUUGUUCAAAUUGAGCUUCCAAUCGGUACCUCAUUCUAUGGAACCGGAGAAGUUAGUGGACAACUUGAACGGACGGGGAAGAGAGUUUUUACAUGGAACAUGGUUGCCGGGGCUUAUGGGCCUGGUACUACGUCCUUGUACCAAUUGCAUCCAGGGGUGCUAGCUGUUCUCCCAAGCGGAGAGGCACUAGGGGUUCUUGCUGAUACAACGCGACGAUGUGAGAUUAAUUUGCAGAAAGAAUCAAUAAUAAAGUUUGUUGCUCCAUCAUCAUAUCCUGUCAUUACAUUUGGUCCAUUUGCUUCACCAACCGAUGUUUUGAUAUCUUUAUCUCAUGCAGUUGGUACUGUAUUUAUUCCGCCAAAGUGGUCACUGUAUCAUCAAUGUCGUUGGAGCUAUGACUCUGAUGCACGAGUUCGUGAGAUUGCCAGAACAUUUCGGGAGAAAGGUAUACAUUGUGAUGUCAUAUGGAUGGAUAUUGACUACAUGAAUGGGUUUCGUUGUUUCACUUUUGACCAGGAAUGCUUUCCAGAUCCAAAAUCUUUAGUGAAAGAUCUACAUCUCACUGGAUUCAAAGCAAUCUGGAUGCUUGACCCAGGGAUCAAACAUGAAGAAGGAUACUUUGUUUACGAUAGUGGUUCUGUUGAUGUCUGGAUUCAAACAGCUGAUGGAAAGCCUUUUGUUGGGGAGGUUUGGCCUGGGCCUUGUGUUUUCCCUGACUUUACAUUGUCUAAAACUCGUUCAUGGUGGGCUAGUUUAGUGAAAGAUUUCAUUUCUAAUGGUGUUGAUGGUAUUUGGAAUGAUAUGAAUGAACCAGCUGUUUUUAAGGCUGUAACAAAGACGAUGCCUGAGACCAACGUGCAUCGUGGAGAUAUUGAACUUGGAGGUUGUCAAAAUCACUCGCAUUAUCACAAUGUUUAUGGGAUGCUGAUGGCACGAUCAACUUAUGAAGGCAUGAAAUUGAGCAAUGAAAAUAACCGUCCUUUUGUUCUUACCAGAGUUGGGUUUAUAGGUAGCCAGAGGUAUGCUGCAACAUGGACAGGAGACAACCUUUGUACUUGGGAGCACCUUCAUAUGAGUAUCUCAAUGGUCCUUCAACUCGGGCUCAGUGGUCAACCGCUUUCAGGACCAGAUAUUGGUGGGUUUGAAAGGAAUUCAACACCUCAGCUGUUUGGAAGGUGGAUGGGUUUGGAUGCAAUGUUUCCUUUUUGUCGUGGACAUUCAGACACUGGCACUAUUAACCACGAGCCUUGGUCUUUUGGGGAAGAGGUUUGUCCGUACUUCACAGUGACAAUUAACAAUUUUAUUGCUUUUGAACUUUGUGAUUUGGGUUCAAAUGUUUAUUCAACUGAUGUUUGUAAUCAGUUCUACAGAAACACUAAUAGUGAUUGGGGAUAACAUAAGCUUUG